ACAUUUCAGAUUGUCUGAUUCAAUCGAACAGUAUCAGCAUAUAGCAACUAUAUAACACAAUGUACUAAUAGUUUAGUUAAUACCAUUCUGUAACUGGGAUACCAGAUGAAGAGAGUUUGUAUACAUAAAAGAUGGGCCUAUAAAGUUCUGUAUAUAAGUUAGUGCGGAAGUUGUUGUUAAAACAGAAUGAACCAUGCCGAAGAAACGUCAGGAACGAAAAAAAACCACUAAAAUUCCUUACGCAAGAGGAUUCAAGAUACCAAGUGAUUCUGACAAGUUAAAAGCAAUUAAGAGGACAAAGCUAGAAGAUAUUGAAUUAACCUUUCAACCCAAUCAGGAACUGUUCAAAGAAUUACCACCUCCGAACACAAAGUAUGAUUGGCUUGCUGUAUAUGCAGAAAGAGGGCAGACAUGUUCUGAAUACAUAAAGACCAAUCCAUGGCUCUCCCGUAAACCUGUAAGAGGUUUGAGUUCAAAGGCAUUUUCCCCAAAAGGAUCGACAAUUUGUGAAAAGUAUCCGGAAGCUAAAGCUUACAUUAUUCCAGUGGGGAAAUUGGAUUUUGGAGACAUCGAUACAAUUAAAGAACUUGUUAGAUAUGCCUCUAUAUUCUACAACAUACCCAUAAAAGUGUUGGAUCCAUUCGAAGUUGUUGUUGACGUAAAAAAAGGACAGACUUUCUGGCAAUCGACAGAUGGAGAAUUAAUAAUGAUUAAAUCACGAUUUCAUAAGAAAACUAAAAGAUUUCAAUUCCUUAUUGAUUCCUGCUUAAAGGAAAUUUCAAGUCGUAUUCCUGAUGACGCUUUGUUUGUAAUAGCUCUGACAAUGGAGGAGUUGUAUGCCGACAAGAGAGAUCUUUUUGUGUCAGGAAUGGCUUCCGGUGCCAGUAGGUCAGCAAUUUUCAGCCUAAAACGGUACGACCCAACUCUUAAAUUUUGCACAGAAUUUUGGCAUAAGUAUGAAGAAAAUGCAUGUAGAGUAGAUGAGAGGUGGAAUCUGUUACUUAAAAGAAGUUGUACUCUUCUGGUUCACGAGAUGGGCCAUUUACUAGGAAUCGGUCAUUGUAUCUACUUCGAUUGCUGUAUGAAUGGAUCCGGACAUUUAGAGGAGGAUAUUCGACAAUCCAUGCAUUUAUGUCCCGUUGAUCUCAGAAAAUUGAAGAUAUUAUGUGGUAUAGAUGUGAAGGAAAGAUACAGAAAAUUGCAAGAAUUUUUUAAAGAAUUUAAAUUUCACACCGAGGAAAACUGGAUUACGAAACGUCUUGAACAAUUAUCGCAAUGA